AUGAAGACCAUCGUUGCCAUUUUAUUUUUGGCUCUGGCAGCCGUCGCUUCUGCAGGAUACCUUGGAUACGCAGGACCUUUCGGCCCUACUAGCACCGUAGUAUACAGUUCAAGCGCAUACGGACACGGUCCCUACGGAUACGGAGGAUUCGGAUACGGAUAUGGACCUUACGGAUAUGGUGGAUACGGAUUAGGCUAUCGUGGUUACUAUGGCUACGGAUUAGGACACGGAUAUUACGGAUUGGGCUUCGGCCACGGAAAAUAUUUCUAA